CCCUGUCUCCCUCCUCAGCUGUCUUUGCCGGUUAUUUUUAGGUUAAAUUCUAAAAUAAAUUGAAGAAAGCUGCGGAGGUACAUACUCCUGUACGUAGGUUAUUUUAAAAUUAUAACCUGCGCCAAACAUUUCUUUAUUCAUGAAAAUUGCGCAUUUGGAUAAUUGCAGUACUCGUGACAUUUAUAUGCAAGUUCAUUGUAUGUUCAUUGUUUACUCAGGGUUAUGAAACAAUAAAGUGGAUCUCUGUCGCCCCGAGAGCGCCAGUCUUUGUGAGCCAUGUCAGGGGACGUGCAGCCAAGGAAACGUAAGGAUAAAAAGAGGAAGAAAGAUGAAUUAAGCGUAGAUGAAGGCCCUCGUGGCACGGCUGCAGCGCUUGGUGAAGGCGACGUGUUUAUGCAUUCUCCUAAUGACCAUGGCACUGGAGGACACUGGUGUGCCAAGAUCAUAUUCUUUUCAUUGCUUGCUGUACUUGUAACUCUAAUUGGAUUGAUCAUACUGGAGAACAGAGGUCUUUCGGAAUUAGAAGCAAAUUCAGUGGAGUCUCGCUAUUCAGGAGUUUUAGAAGGUUGGCUAGAAGAUGCACCUGAUGAUGACCACCAUGAUGAACAUACCUUGGAACUGAAACACCAUGAUGAUGAUGAUGAUGAAGAUCAUGAUGAUCACAGUCAAGAAAUAGAUCAUGAUGAUGAAGAUGAAGGUCACGAUGACGAUGAUGAAGAAUACGAGGGUCAUGAUGAUACCGACGAUGAUGAAGAUCAUGAUGGUGAUGACGAAGUUGACGAGGGUCAUGAUGAUGACGAUGAGGAUGAAGGUCAUGAUGACGAUAAUGAAGAUGAGGGUCACGAUAAUGAUGAAGAUGAAGGCCAAAAUGAUGACGACGAUGAUGACGCACAUGAAGAUGACGACGAUGUUCAAAAAGCUGCAGAAAGUGAUGAAGAUGAUGAUCGUUAUGCUGAUGAUGACGAUGAUGAAGAAAACGAUGGUGAUGACCAUCCCGCUCAUGACGAUGAUGAUGAUCGACAAGACGAAGACAGUGCAGAACAGGAUUUAAAUAAAUCAAAUGAGGAUGAAGAUAAUGUUAAAGGACAAUAUGAAGAGAGUGUUGAAGAUGAAAGAGACGAUAAUGACGACCUACAAAAAGUAGAUGAAAACGAAACAGCAGAAGACGAUGAUGAUGAUAAUGAUCAGAAUGAUGAAGUAAAUGAUAGCUUAGAGAACAAUGAUGCAGAUGAUGAAGAAGACAUUGAACAAGAUGACAAAGAAUCAAAUGAAAAUGAGGAUGACGACGAACACGAGGAAGAAGAAGAAGAUUUAGGAGUGGAAGUAGAGAGGUUAGAGCAAGAAGUUUCUGAUGAAGAUGCUUUGUCUGAAGAAUCGCCUGCAGCUGAAGCUGAAGACGACGAUAAUGAUGAUGAAGAACCUUCUAAAGAAGUAGCUUCCGAAGAUGAUGGAGGAGCAGAUGCUGAUGGUAAUGAUGAUGAUGUGGCUGAAGACGAGGAGUUUUUGGAACCAGCGGACAUUGAGGAGGAACUGCCUGUCGUAGAACAUAUUGUGGCACCUAAAGGAAAACCUUUAGUUGAGGUUGAAGAAGAAACAUCGACUGCAAAGCCGGUAGACACGCUCGCCGAAGAAGAAGAAUACGAGAAACAACAAGAAGAAUUGAGGAAGGAGCAGGAACAAGCUUCCCACAUGUGGCUGAAGCUGGCGGUGGGUGGCGCGCUGCUCGUUGCUACUCACGCGGUCGUGCGCCGCGCCACUGCCCCGCGCGAUGAUACACCAGCAAGUGACGAGCACGGUAGUAGGGAGGAAACACCAGUUAUAGACCGACGAAUGACACUGAUUGCUGAAGAAGCAGCCGCAGCUGCUGUGCCUAGUGAAGUUGUCGAAGAAAUUGAAGUUCCGGUUGAAAAAAUUAUCGAAAAAGUUUCCACUGUUCUUAAAGCUCCUCCCAAACAAGAAAGCGAAGAGGAAGAGGUAGAGGAAGAAGAAGAAAAUGAAGAUGAAGUUGAAGAUACUAAGGCGGAAGUUGAGAAAGAAUCAACGAAGGACAAGGAAUUGUACAGCGACGAAGAAAUUGAAGAGGAGGAGGAAGAAGAGAAAGAAGUAGAACAGAAGAAUGUAAAAUCUGUAGCAACAGAACCUCCAAAACAAACUGUACCUACACCUUGGAAGGAACCAGAGCCAGAGGCGGAUGAAGAAGUACCUGAUGACGUAGAAAUAAUAGAUGAGGAACAACUUGAGGAGGAAUUGGAGGAAGAAGAUGAAGAGGAAGAGAUAUCAGACGUGGAUGAUGCAGAACUUCUCAGCCGGCUCGAAGCUAAAUAUGGACGACUGCCCGAACCGGAACGGCCCGGACAAAAACACAAGGAUGGUGGGAACAGUAUAGAAGAUGACUGGCCAGGAGAGCCAAGCGACCAGUACUGGCGCCAGCAGCUCGACCAAGCUGAAGAAGAGUUGCGCCAGGGCGAUUGGAGCGCGGCAAGCAAGCGCGCGGGCGCGGCGCAGCUGGCCAGCAGUGCGCGUGCGCGCUGGCUGCUAGCGCGGGCUGUCGACGCCGAGGCGGAGGCGCGCCGCGACAACCGACUGCUCACGCGAGCCAUUACCGCCUACCUCGACCUGCUCAAGAUGAACGAACGCCUCACCGACCUCAAGCUACUUGAGGUAGCUCAUCGAACACUUGACAGAAUCCGAUUCAGAGGCAAUUAUCUGAGCGCUGAACCUGUGUACAGGCUACUUAUACGCCGGUUUCCUGAUGUUCCUGGUUAUUAUAACAACUUAACAAUAUCCUUUCUCAUGGCUAACAGGGCUGACCUUGCGGAACAAGUUAUAAAGGACACUCUCAAGAAGUGGCCCGAUGAUCGAGUAGCCUUAGCUCAUUACGGCUUCGUCUUGAAAACUCAACAUAAUCGCCUAGAAGAGGCUGUUGAUGCCUUUCAAAAAGCUUUACAGAAUGACACAGGGCCCGCAACCGAAUCUCGAUUCUACUACCAUCUUGGAGAUUCGCUUCUCUUGUUGGGCCGGUAUGCAGAAGCCCAUGAAGUUCAUAAGCGGGGGGCUGCUAUGGGCCACUUUUUGUCCCCCUCACAACGUUCACUCUAUAAUGUUAAUCGUCUAAAAAGUCGCCCGUGGUGGAAUAUAGAGCAGACUCCUUACACAAAACUGGCGCGCGCUCUCGAAAAAUCAUGGAAAGAAAUUUUAAAGGAAGGAGAAGCAGCUAAAGCUUUGUAUGAAAAAGAAAAGGAGGGUCUAAAAGAACGAGGCGAAUGGUCGCAAUUAGACUUGUUUGUUAGAGGGCAAGAAAUUCCCAACAGAUGUAAACGAGCGCCAGUCACGUGUUCGAUCGUACGCUCAGAAGUUGCUGCGUCGGGCUGUCGCCGUGGGCAGAUCAAGUUUAGUGCUAUGGAGGCGGGCACCCACGUGCGGCCUCACGUCGGUCCUACUAACUGCCGGUUAAGAAUGCACUUAGGUCUCAGUAAUACCAAAGAUACUUACAUUAGAGUGGAUCAAGAAACUAGACAGUGGAAAGUCGGAAAGACGUUCAUGUUUGAUGAUAGCUUCGAGCACGAGGUGUGGCACAAUGGCACGGGUACCCGUUUGGUUCUCAUCGUAGACGUAUGGCAUCCUGAUCUCACGCCGGCCGAGCGACGCUCCUUACCGCCUAUCUAGCACCACGUACUGCAGUACAAACCUUUACAUACCCAUAUCAAUAAUAUACAAGACUCAAACAAUAGCGGCGCCGAUAACUUCACUAUGUAACAAUGUGCAAGCUGUACGAGACUAUACUUGCAAAGUAAACAAACUAACUAGUCAAUUUAAAUAAAUACGUUAGCGUCGCAUUUAAGGCGAAGUUUGUCUCGCCUAUUGUUUUUAGUUUUAAUUAUAAACUCUGAGACCCCAGUCUUUUAAAAGAAAUCUGUAUAAAUCGACUGCGCGACAUCGCCGCGACGCGCAUCUUGCUAAUUAAUAAUGAAUCGGAAAUCAUUGGUUGAUUUUUAUAAAUGAUUGUAUUUGAUCAAAUACCGCUGACAUGCAUUACCCAUACAUUUAGUCAACGUAAUAAUAAUCAAGUAAUGUUUCAUCUUUAUACUUUUUUGUACAUAGUCGGCAACUUAACACUAUUUACUAUAUAAACGUAAUUAAAACAUUACUUGAUUAAAAUUAUGUGAACCAGUAUUUACUACUGUACCUUGUGAUAUAUUUUUGCGAUCUUAUAUAUUUUCUCUGUUAAGACUAAUGUUAAGAAUAAAAUUCCAAUGCUCGAUAUAAAAUAUCUUUUAUUUUUUUAC